AUGGAGGAGGAUGGAUGGCGGAUGGGCGGGGAGCCUGAGCUGCAGUGUGACGCCGCCCACUGUCGCUUUGUCUCAGAGGCCUGCGCCCCCGGGGAGUGCUGCUUCGGGGCCCUGCCCUACACAGAGGACUCAGGGUCCCCAUGGGCUUUAACGCCCGGACCCCAAAACCUGACCUGCUACCGGCUCUCCGAUGGCCACUAUGAGUGCUCCUGGGGAUACGAGGGGCCACGCGAAGGGGUCAACCACUUUCUGCGCUGCUGCUUUGGCCCCCGGCGCUGCUGCUACUUCGCAGUGGGUGCAGCCACUGCCUUCCAGUUCUCCGACCAGGACGAGGUCCCCGUGCGUCGCACCGUGUCCUUCUGGGUGGAAUCCUGGGGGCCCAGGGGCAUGCAGCGUUCCCCUCGGGUGAACGUGACCCUCAACAGAAUGGUUAAGUACGACCCUCCCACUGGUAACAUCAAAGUGUCCAGGCGGCAUGGACAGCUGCUGAUGGAAUGGGAGGCACCCGAGGACCAGGGCGACGCGCAGGUGCAGUUCCGGCAGAGGCCAGCAGGCGGCUUCUGGGAGCUGGGUGACUGUGCACAGCAGGGAGGUGGCCACCAGGACACGAUGCACGAGUCCUGCCUCUGGCCCCUGGAAGCAGGAGUUGUGCGAGAGUUCCAGUUUCGGAGACGGUGGGGCCGAGGGGACCCCAGGGCCGCCAUCCAGCACCCCCUCAUCUUUCUCACCCCAGAGCCCCCGGCACUGCCGCAACUGAAUAUCUCGCUGGGGCCGCUGGGCCCAGAAGGGAGGAGGCAGCUGAUCCUGGAUGGACAGCUGCCUCAGCCUGCGCUUCCAGAGGGCUGCCGUGGGGAGGUGACCUACCGCGUCCACCUGCAAAUGCUGUCCUGCGCAUGCAAGCCCGAGGCCACAGCUGUUCAGGCUCUGCACCUCGGGAGAAGCUUCGACAUCUCGGGCGCCGCCUACCGCCUGACGGUUGCCCCGGAGGAUGGCGGCAGCCCCAACCAGUCCUGGCACAUUCCUGCCCAGGCAUACACAGGAGCAGCAGUUGCCGCCGGGGGCAGCCCGCGCUGGCCCGACCGAACUCCGGGCACGACCUACUGCAUCGAGUGGGAGCCCCAGAGCCCGGAGGAGGGCAACGCCUCCUGCACCCUCCUGACCCCCCAGGCCGCGAACCACAGCUGGACCCGAAUGGCUGGAGAUUGCGGCUGCAUCACCAUCUUGGCCUCUGCGAGCCCAGAGAAGCUGGCCACGUGGUCUUCCGUCCUGUCUACCUUCCGCUUCGGGGGCAACGCCCCGGGAGCCGGGAGCCCGCAGCUCGUGCUGGUCAGGAACGUCACCUCGCGCUCCGCCAGCGUGUCCUGGACGCCGCCCGCGCUGGGCGCCUGCGCGGGGCUCCUGCGAGGCUACGCGGUGCGCUACAGGGAGGAGGCGCGCGACGACGCCAGCGCGGCAGAGCAUCCCGUGGGGCCUGCCCAGACCCACGCCCACCUCCGUGGCCUGCAGCCGGGCCGGCCCUACGCUGUGCAGGUGCGUGCCCACCUGAUGCAGGGUCCCGGCACCUGGAGCCCACCCGUCUGCUUCCACACAGAUGAUGAGCUGUCAGCACUGUCCACCUUCCUGGCGUCCGUGGGGAGCUUUGUGGCUGUCUUUCUCCUGGGCAUCCUGGGCUACCUGGGCCUGAGCAGGGCUGCCCGGUGCCUGUGCCCGCCCCUGCCUGUGCCCUGUGCCAGCUCUGCUGUCCAGCUCCCUGACGGCCACUGGAAGCAGGCUUGGUUUUGGGUCAGUCCGGCAGACUUCCUGGAGGAGGCAUCCCUACAAGAGGCCUUGGCAGUGAACACAUCCUGGGAAGAAGGCGAGGAGGCUGGCCCAGACACCCCUGGGCAUCCCCACCAGAAGCUGGAGGCCCCACAGGGUGCCCCCAAGCCCUCCUAG